AUGAACAUACCACACACAACACACGUGUAUCCAGCUAAGAAGGCUAAAGUGGUUAACUCAUUCAUCAAAUUAUCUGAAUUGUUUUUAAAUAAAACUGCCCUGAAAGUACUUGCCGAGAGUCACUUCGAGACUGAACUCUCGUGGUAUCCUUUCAAUUCUGUGACAGACGCUGAAGCGAAUGAAUAUAUUAAAACGUCAAAAGUGCCGUCGACUUGGAAUAUCAACAACGAUCUUAUUUGGAUACGUACUGUCGAUAUUAUACCCAACGACAACAAAGUCACCUUAAAAGGUAUCACUUUCUUACCGACCAAAGGAUCACUAUCCGGAAGCAAUGUGACAGGACUUUUACGUGGUAGGGCGGCUCUGAAGUUACCAAAAAACCUCGACACUGUCAGCUACCAUUAUUUGUUGGACGCUUUCCCUGUGUUGGAUAUACCAAAACAUGGAACGGAAACUAGCGCUGCAUUCAUUAUGAAUAUUGAUAAGGAUUUUGAUCGAGCAGCAAGAGCUAUUAAGUUCAUGGUGGAUGCAACUGACAAACACAUUAAGAAAUUUGGCACCACCCCUCUCAAUGCUUUUCUACCGCGGUUUGUCAAGAAUGAUAACUGUUACCUGUGCCCAGCGAACAACUACAUCAAACAACACAACGACAAUGGACACUCGAUGGUCAUUGAUUUUCUUGCACCUCCAACGCAAAAUGGAUUCUAUGAGACUGCAGAAAAGUUUGUCCAUUAUUUCAAGAAUGGUAAGGACAGGGUUCGCCCCCACUGGGCAAAACGGCAUGAUAACAUAAAAGGCAUUGUGGAUAUAAUCCAUAGCAGCUACGGAAACAAUCUUGAACUUUACAUGAAACAGAAACAAUUAUCCGGAUUGGAUCCAACGGGUGUAUUCAUGAACAGCUAUCUUAAUCAAAUCUUUUGCACUCGAGGCUUAGAAAAAUACUGUGGAUAUGAAGUAUAG